AUGAAUCCGUCACAGCGCCGAGCGCAUUUUUCUCGGCUUCUGGAGCCGAGAUUUUUCAUAUUUAUCCUAAUUUAUUUACUCUGUAAAGCCAAGCAAACGCAUUCACUUAUUCUAACGGGUUCCAAAGAUGCAUAUGCCAGGUAGGUUGUCAAAUUAAAGGGAGUUCUCGUAUUAUCUGGUACAGCCCCUUUUAUACGGCGUGUUUGUUUCAGAUAUCCCAAAUGGGCGCAGACAUUUGAAAAUCAACUUUCAUUCGAGUUCAAGACGCGUUCUGAGAACGCCCUGUUACUGUACACUGAUGACGGAGGAGUUCAGGGGAAUUUUUAUUGUCUAACAAUAGUGGAUGGCCACAUUCAACUGGAUUUUAGGUAAAAAUACGGUUGUAGACAGACAACCCGAUAAAAAAGAAUUUUUACGAGAUUGAUCUUCAGGUUAGGGGAUGAGCAGGACACAAUGUUGAGCAGGCCUGUGCAUACGCUCCGCUUGGGAGCCAUCAGAGUAGCGGAUGGCAAUUGGCACCGAUUCAUUCUUUUUCAAGUGAGUGCAUUAUUGGAAGCUUUAGUUUUGUGGCGUUUUCACGACAGCCGUCAGCAAGUUUCCGUUUUUUUUUGAUGGGUUGUUGCGAGACCUUUUUCAAAAAACAUUCGCGUUUUACUUCUAAUUCUUUUUAGGCCUGGGAGAACAUCAAGCUCCAGGUCGAUGAUGCCGUGGAAUUUAAAAUCCUCACUCAACGCAGUUUCGUAUUCGGAAACCUUCGCACAAACUCCGACGUCUUCAUUGGUGGAAUUCCUAAGGUAAAUUUUUAAUCUAGAAUACGGUUACACCUUUAGGACAUUCAUCUUCUCUCCACAAUGUCAUCACCCCUUCGACGGCACACCAAAAAAUAUGCUGGAUCUCUCAAAAAUUUGGUUUAUCGUCUAUAUCCGCAAGGCGUGUCAUCGCCUCAGCUAAUCGACUCGUUUGGGACCAGGCUAACUGACGACGAUUAUUGCAUGGAAUCUGCGAAUCCUGUGCAGUUUUGUAAAAACAGCGGAAGCUGCUACUCGACGAAUGAUGGUCCGAAAUGCGAAUGCCCUUCUGAUUUCGAGGGAAGACAGUGUGAAAAGCGUAAGUUAAGACUUAUGAGUCAGAAACUUGCUCCGAGAAGGUUGGCAAGUUUCUUAAAGUGGGCUGAAAUCGGAAUUCAAAAUCCAGCGUUGUUAGGGCUAUAUCCUGACCAAGAUUUAAUCAAUGUGGCGUUUCGUCACAAUACAUAUAGUUUUUGAAAAAAUCUUUUGUUGUUUUUUCUUGGCUAAAGGGGAGAAAAAUUGCAGCCUGUGCAAAAAAUAGCGUCCUAAAUUUUUCUUAAUUUUUAUAAGACCAAUCUCUGCCAUUUUAGCAAAGCCUUCAUCCGAGUUAUCCUUUUAUGGAAACGAAUGGAUUGGCUACGAUGUUUCAAACAGUUCGUCAGCCUCAGUCCUUAGUCGAUCUGAGAAUGUCAGCCUUCAGUUCAAGACCAAAAAUCAGAAUGGACUUUUGUUUGUGGCAGGGGAUCGACAGGUAAAUUUAAGCUCAUUUUAAAUGUUUAAGCACCCUUAUUCUUCUUGAAUAUAAAAAUAUUUCAAAACUGUACUACAAUGCGAUUUUUGGGCAUUUAUGUAGCUCUUUGAAGACAUUUUUUUGAACGAAACAAAUUUCUUGGCACAGUGCGGAAGUUUUCAAACUCUGCAGGUUUUUUACUUGUGGCAAACUCUCCAGCACAACAAAAUUAAAAAAUAGCGUCAUUUUUUAGCAUGCAAAUUUUAAUUCCCUCUCGUUUUCUUUCAGAAUUUUGUCCAACUAGUCCUAGAAAGGGGCGUUUUAAUCGCUGCUUCCAAACUCUUUGGCAGUGAUAAACGGAUAAUUCGUCAACGCUUUUCUCAAGGCCUGAAGCCUGUCCGCUACGACGAUGGCAAAUGGCAUACUGUAUUUUUGCAUAGAAAUCUUCACAUGGUAAGUUCUUGCAUUUUUUUCAUUUUUUAGUGGUUACGCUAUUCUGCAAAUUUUGAAAUUCAAAUGUUAAAAAAUGAUUAUUUAAUUUUUUCGAAUAUUUUUUCUCUCUCAUUUUGUUUUUAUUAUUUUAGACGGGGACAAAAUACACAUCAUUAAUCGUAAGUUGGAGCCAUUUUUUGGCCAAGUGUGCGGUUUCCCCUUAUGUUCUUAUCCCUGUAUGACAACAAAAGAUUAUCGAAAAAAUCUUUUUUUAAAAAUUAAAGAAACCUUUUGGAAGAGAAAAUAUAAAAAAAUAAAAAAAAUUUAAAAUAACACUUCCCUAUGUUUGACGUGAAAUUAUGUGUCCAUCCUUCUCUUUCUUGCAUAAUUUUGCACAAUUUUAAUUUUUCCAUUUGCAGUUGGCUUUGCAACAUAAUUAUAUUUCCUUCCCGCACGUUUACCCCAAAUAUAACCCAGCUUUUUGAAGUGAACUUAUCCAAUCUCUGUACAAAUCGUUUUCUGAACUGAUUUUCUUUACAGAUGCGGCUUACUGUUGAUGGAAAUACCGAUGAAGUGAAGCAAUUUGCCUCUCAAACGGAAUGGCUGGGGAACAGUUUCGCUUACGUUGGCGGAGCAGCAAUCGGAAAGGCGUAUGUUCCGCCUUAUAACUACAUGUUCAAGGGGUGCAUGAAACAGGUAAAGAGAGGUCUUUUAAAUUUCAUUUUUACAACUUAAAUUGUUUUCAGAUCAAAUACGAAGCCGACGUCCAAAGCUUGGACAUUAUCGAUCUGGCAGACCAAGGCUUCGGCAAAUCUGUGAUUCGAACCGGUGGGGAUUUGGCCUUUUCUUGCCAAGAAUCGGCCAACGCCCUGCCUGAUGUCUUAUCAUUCUCCAGUACGGGUCAGAGUUUCAUUACACUGCCAAAGUGGAACUCGCUUUCGAGUGGGAGCCUGGGCAAGUUCAACAUCCCUAAUUAGCAAUCUCCUACCAGGUUUUCAAUUUCGCACCACCGCGUCAGACGGUCUAAUUUUAUACCACGGCGUGAAGGACGUGCCGCUCAACGGGUCCAGCGAUUACAUUGCGUUUGAGCUGAGCGACGGCCAUCUUUUUAUGGUACUGGACUUGGGAUCGGGUUACAUUCGACUGCAAACUACUUCGAAACGGGUCAACGAAGGAAGUGUGUGGCAUAGCGUGAGCCUGGAGCGAGUUGGACGGCAGGGAAGCGUGAUCGUCGAUACGAUAAAAACUGAUUUUUCGACGCCAGGAGUGUCCGCCAAUUUGAUCAUUGGUAGGUGUAAAAGAUGCAUUGUUUCCAAAAUCAGGUUGAACGUUUGUGAAAAAAGAAUCUCAAUGAGUAAAAACUUGUCCACACGUCAAUCCAAAACAGAACAAAAAACUUCCCGCCCCUUUUUGGUGAUUCGUUCAAAACGAAAUGUCACUAUCCGAUAAAAAGCAUUUUCUUAACUUUCUUCUUUCUUUUCGAGAAAAAGCAAUUAUUUCGGGCGAGAAAAAGUGCCGAUAAUUUCGCGACAUUUCGUCUCUCUUUUAAUUCAAUGAAAACGAUACGAAGUUUCGAAACGGUUCAGGAAAUGCGCUGGAUUGACGUGGUCCAACAUGAAAGCUAACAACCCUUUUCGUCUCUCCGAUACAUUUGAACCAAGCAUCUACCAGUCUCUAGAUGUAGGUGUAUAUUUUUAGAAGAGCCAAUCUACCUCGGCGCAUUUCCUUGGCCUCCAACCUCAAACAGCGCUUGGAACUACAGCUCAAUUCUUCCGCUUCCAUCAACAAUUUGGUCAGGUCAUCUGCGUCAAGGCUACGUUGGAUGUCUCAAAAAUCUCCGAAUCAACGGAAUCAACACUCAAAUUGGCGCCGCAUUUUUGAGCACCCCGUCUCGAAACACGACCGGUCAACAGACCCCGGUCGAUGGGAUUUCCUUGGGUUGCACCUCAACGAGUUCGCACAGCUCCGCAUCCGCAGAAGCCAUCGAUUAUUGUGCGGAUUCGCCGUGUAAAAAUUUUGGGAGAUGCGUGAAUUCGUUCAAGGCGUUUGAGUGUGAUUGCAGCUUAACGGUGUUUGAUGGGCCGACUUGUGAGAAAGCACUGCCGCCAAUCUCACUUGCAUUGCUGCAGGAUCAACAGCCGUUGUUCAGGUAAUAGUUCGAGGGUCAGAAAUGAAUUAUAGCGGAUGAGAAGACAGAUCCUGGAAUCGGUUUUGUUAAAUACGGUGGAAAAAAAUCGCUUUUGGCCCGUUCUAAAGUUUCCUUAGUGUAAGGUUUUUGUAGUCUAUCUUUUGAUGCGAUUGACGGAAAAUUAACCCCGUAAAGUAACUAACUACUGGGAGCCUCCAGAUGCCUUCAGAAAAAACCGACUUUCUUCUUGAAGAUCAAGGUUUUUUGGGUGUCGUAUGCCCCUUACGCAACAAAAAAUGCCCAGAAAUGUCGAUUUUAACACGACGAAAAUACAACCUCUACCAGGCAAAAGGCGUGAUAUUUUUCGUUUAGAAUUUGUACUCACGCUUGUUGUCGGCAGGCACUACCUUUUCCCAGGUCUAACGAAUACUCGAGUUUCGCCUUUUUCCUAUCUUUCUGUGGCUCUCAAUUUUAUAAUCUGCAAAAUAUUAUAAAUUACUCCUUCUUCAGACUCGAAACACCAACCUCCAGUCAGGCAGAGAUGUUGGAGAUCAAAUUCCGCACUACGGAUGAGGAUCUUGUCCUCCUGGAUACAAGAGCAGAAGGAGGGCCGGACCGAUGGCUGUUGUUUCUCCAUAAUGGGGAGCUCAUGUUGGCGUUGCAUUUUGGAAGUGGAGCUAAACAUGUAAGUCCGCCAUUCUGGUCCGGAAAGUUAUGGGUUUCAGACGUUUUCAUGGAGUGGGAAGCAGCUGAACGACAACCAUUGGCAUACAGCAAGAGUGAAGCGAAGAGGUGUGAAAUUGCUGCUGUUUCUGGAUGGGAAAUGGGAACAUAGCCGUAAGUAGAAGUUAUUGUAGACAGUGCCGAACAUGACAGAAUCAUACCGCAAAAAAUUGUCGACUAUUUGUAAAAGCAUACUCUUCAAUUAUACACUGAUUUAUUCCUCCUCAUCACAAUUGUUUCAGAUUUCCUCCCCGAAAGCGAUAUGUCGCUAGUCAUCCAUGAUGUCGCUCCAGGGCAAGCUCUGCGACAAGUCAUUGAUGUCAACGUCAACCCACCUUUGGAGCUGUUCACUGAAAAGCAAAAACCCUCCGGAGACAUUCUGAAACUUACUUUCAACCAAUACGACAUCUUGGACAAGAUUCGAACAGACAACGCUGAUAUUGCCCCACCGAUGAGCUACACCACAAUAUCGCCGAAUAAGGGAAGACUGAAACAGAAUUCGAUAUCCUUUGAGACGGAAAAGGGCUUCGCUCAGUUCAACGCGAAUUUCCGGACCAACGCGGACUUUAAACUGUCGAUCAAGUUCAAAACGAUCGCGCAUAAUGGCCUCUUACUGGCAUUGGUCAACAAUGAAACUACCAAAAUCGGAGAGCAUAACAUUCUUUUGUCGGUGGAGAUGAUCCGUGGCCGUCUGAGAUACCGGUUUGGCCAAACGACCGUGCUUCUGCCUGCCGGCGACAAAAAAAUGAACGACAUGAAGUGGCAUACGAUCAGUAUUGAGGAGGUAGGCAGGCUACUAUGGCAAAUAAAAUUUGGAACGCUUCAGACCGCUCCGUUUUAAGACGUUUCUUUGCUAAAGCAGCCCUUAUUACGUAGAAAAUUAUUAUUCUUUUCCCACGAAAAAACAGCGCUGGCUCAUGUUUCUUUCCUCAAGGAAUUAGAAGUUACCUUGCCAUUGAGCCAUGAGAUUAACUUUUGUUUCCAAAAAUUGCGUAAUCUUGCUUCCUAAAGUAAUUCUAAAUUUUGGUCAAAUCCUCUGAGAGCAUUCUUUGGGAAGAUUACACUGGUUUUAUUUUUAGAAUUAUACUACUAGUCGUUCCAGAAAGUGCGUGCACUUUUUUCCGCCUUUUUUGCACCGCACAGUGCAAGUUUUCAUGUUCCCCGCGCGACGCGAUCCUUUUCGAAACAUUCUGCACUGUGCAAUUUCAUUUCACGCGCCCAAAAUUCGCGCCCGCUCCGUUGAGAAAAGCUUGUGUCGCAGCGAUAUUGGAUUUGCACUGUGCAAAAGGUCAAAUGCACCCCGCAAAAAGGGAAUUUUGUGCACAGUGCGGCCCACGACAAAAAGUGCACGCACUUUCUGGAACGACUAGUAAUGAGGGUCAUAAAUUGAUUUAUCGUUACAUUUCUCUGCGCUUAGACUAAAAUCUUUUUUAGGACUCAACAGAGAUGACCAGUCAUAGAAUCCUUCUUGACAAUGAGGAAAUCAAAAUCAAGAGCACACCUUACGACUUCUCUGGAUUCAACGGCUGGGUCUUAGUUGGGGGAUUUCCGGAGAAUUUUAUGCCGGCAAAGCCACACGGAUUGGCAACCGUCUCCGGAUUCAAGGGAUGCUUCUCGCUGCUAAAGAUCGCGGAGCAGCAAUUGUCGCUACUUUCGGACAAUGUCAGCAGCAAGGAUCUUUCAAAGGGAUGUCAGGGUAAGUGGUUCUGGUUUUUACAUGCAAUGAACAAAAUGCAAAAUACGGGCUAACCAAAGACAGCUUUCUGCAGGGCCUUUAAAUUUACAAUCAAAAUAUAUUUUUUUGUACAACAUGCGAACGCAAAAAAUCUGUUUGAUUUGGCACCUCUGCUAUGACCGCUUGCUUACUUUGAGUUUCUUCAGGCCCAGACGUCCGCUGUGCUCCCGGUCUUUGCCAAAACAACGGCCAGUGUCAUCAAGGCUGGCGAGGGGUUCGUUGUGACUGUUCCCAAACGGCUCACAGCGGCAGGUACUGUGAGAAACCGGCGACUAGCUACGAAUUUGAUGGAAAGGAAACAACUAUUUAUUACGAGUACGUUGGACCACAACCCAACACAAUUAAUGAUGAGUUGGUGUUGGCAUUCCGAACUCAAAGCUCAAACGGAGUGCUUUUUGGCGUACAAUGCUCGGUCGAUGGCGAUUAUUUGACGGUGUUUGUGGUAAGAAAUCGCAUCGUAAGAUUCUAAUUCACAUUUAGGGAGGCGGCUACGUCCAAGUCCGUUACAAUCUCGGCUCGAAAGACCAUCAUGUCGGAUAUUUCGACACAUUAGUAAACGAUGGUCGGGAGCACUUGCUCAAGUUGAACAGAGUCAGAUCAAAUUUGACGUUAGUCUUGGACGAGCUUCCGGCAGUGAACUAUCAAAGCAAUGGUAGGUCUGUAAAGCGUAGUUUUGACUUGCAAACAUUUUUCUUGUUUGUGAGAUAGGAUUUUUGAAAAUUUUGCGCUUAAAACAGGCCUCUUAAGCCUGUGAGAUAACUUUUGAAAUUUUUUGAAUUAUGAUUUACAGUCAAACAUCAGAGAAUCACCAACACUUUAGAAAUAUGACUUUUUGCAGGUAAAUCGGAACUGUUCACCCUCAACUCCCAAAAAUACCUGACCGUCGGUGCUGCCUUUAAUUUGCUCCACUCUGCUCAAGUCGUAACGCUUCGAAGGAAGCGUUCCGACCUCAUCACAUAUGACGAAUUCACCGGCGAAAUCUUCGGUGUCACUUUCAAUGGGAUCCAAGUCCUCGAAAUGUUUGCUCAAGGUAGGCUUGCUACUUUUACAAAUAAGGUCAAAAAAGAAAAUAUUACUAAAUAUGGCGAGGGGUUUUUCCCACCGUUCCGGCCUUCUGUUUUUGGCCCGCAUGCACGCCACAGUCCGCGGUGAAAAAGCGCGGAAAUUGAAGGAAUUCUGCGUAAUAAAACGAGAUUUUUCCGGGUGUUGAUGACGAACUGGCAUUAAGAUUUUGUCACACAAAGAUAUUCUUGUAUUUUUUGGAGCAAACGUUUAUUUUCAAACCCUUAAAAUUAAUUUUGAUUUAAAAAAAAUAUUUUUCUGUAUCACAUAAUGUAUUCUUACCGAAUCUGUUGAUGCCAUGGUCUGACCUCGAGAUAAGUGGGUUCCCAUGGGCUAUAAAAAAGAAUAUCUUUGUUUUCCAGAGGUUUGAAUAGCUUCCGUGAGGAAUAAGAAUUGCACUGUGCAAAAAAAUAAAAGUAGGAGGAAACUUAGUGUGGGCAGCGAAAUUUUCAGGGGUGUUUUUCAAUCAGGCAGUACUGUUGAACAUAAAACGAAGAACCCGUAAUCACUGCGCGAAUUUCUUUGUCUACGAUUUUUUUUCGUUUUUCAUAGUUGAAAAAAUCUGCAGAGCGCUUACCGUUUGAUACUUUGAUUUCUUGCACUGUGCAAAGGAAUCUCCGUUUGAUUCAAUCCAAUUACAGAUUUCUAGACCACCACGCAAAGUCACAUAAACUCUGUAUGCCCUCGAAAUUCGUUUCAUUUCCCCACCUUCAUCUGCUUCAUAAUUUUUCAGCGCAAUUAGUCGCAAUUCAACCGGCCAAAACUCUCGUUCAUUACGCAUUUGGCCGGGGAAUGUGAUAAAUUUGGAGGGCAGUUUAGUUCUUUUUAAUACCGAAUUCUUAUUGGAAUUUUAUUGUCAGAUGUUUUAGUCGGUUUUUAUGCGCUCUGGAAAAGUUUUGACAUGCAUUUGUGACAGUUUAACGAGAUUACGCUAUUCGAAAUGACACGUUUUCGGAUACUUUGAUGUUUUUGUGACAUAUUCGUAUACAUAUUGGAGUCGUCUUGUUUUUUUGCUUAUUUGACUCUACAUUACAUCCCUAUUACAAGUCUCUAAAAAUGGCGAAUAUCAAGAGUAAGUCGUCUAAAAACUUGAUUUUUUAUAAUGUGAGGAUUAAACAAAAGGCAAAUAAUUUUCGUAGUAUACUCCCCGCCAAAAGUUUUGACCCCCCUUCUAACUCGGCCCAAAGUGUACCAAUUUGGACCAAAUUUGGUACGUAGUCUAUUGGCAACCUAGUAGUAAAAAAUAUCAUAGUAGGACAAACCAUAUAGCUGUAUUUCAAAAUCCAGGGACAAUUUUCAAAAAUCACCUCAAAAAACGGGACAAAAGUUUUGACCCCCCUGCAAAAAAAUUAAAUAUCGCCAGCGGAGGUAGCCAGAACCUUUUGGAACCUGUGUCCCGUACCUGAACAUGGGUUAAUAAAUGCUUUUUUGUUGAAUGCUUAGUUGCAUUUGAGGAUGCAACGCGUUAAACUGAUUUUGAUGUAGACCUGCCCAAAAUGUUAAAAAUCUUGUACUGGCGCUAUCCAAAAGUUUCAAAUUAUGUUCACAUCAUGUGAUUUUGACGUGUUAUAACCUGCAUUAAUCUUUUCCUUUCGAAAAAAGUCCAUGAUGGCCUAGCGGUAUCGAUUCGGCCGAUAUCCAGUUGUCAUGGUCAGCCUUGGUGAGCCAUUUGCUCUUUGACUAAAGGUCUAGAUGUGGUCGCUAGGUCCUCAAUGUAAUCCUGAGACUUGUGUCUACUCUCAAAACAAGAAUAAACCCCCGCUGACACGAUCCCAAAUGGUUUGUAGAUGCAACUUUACCGAUUUGCACCUUAAAGAAAAACCCGCGUUUUUCAAAUGGAUUUUUUGCGACCAAAAACGGCUUUCAUUUGAUGGGCCAGGUAAUUUAGGGCGCUACAGCACCCGCCAUACUCAUUUGAGACGUAUGGAACGCCAAAUGGGCGGUGGGGAUGGCAUCGUACUCGGGGGCAUCUACAGUAACGGCAAACUUAAAAUUAAGGUGAAUGAAACCCAUUCCAAAAUGUGUCAAAUCGAAACCUUUGUCCCUGCUGAGAGUAAAUAGGAGUCUCAGGAUUAGAUUGAGGACCUAGCGACCCUAUCUAGACCUUUAGUCAAAGCGCAAAUGUCUCACCAAAGCUGACCAUGACAACUGGAUAUCGGCCGAAUCGAUACCGCUAGGCCAUCAUGGACUUUUUUCGAAAGGAAAAGAUUAAUGCAGGUUAUAACACGUCAAAAUCACAUGAUGUGAACAUAAUUUGAAACUUUUGGAUAGCGCCAGUACAAGAUUUUUAACAUUUUGGGCAGCUCUACAUCAAAAUCAGUUUAACGCGUUGCAUCCUCAAAUGCAACUAAGCAUUCAACAAAAAAGCAUUUAUUAACCCAUGUUCAGGUACGGGACACAGGUUCCAAAAGGUUCUGGCUACCUCCGCUGGCGAUAUUUAAUUUUUUUGCAGGGGGGUCAAAACUUUUGUCCCGUUUUUUUGAGGUGAUUUUUGAAAAUUGUCCCUGGAUUUUGAAAUACAGCUAUAUGGUUUGUCCUACUAUGAUAUUUUUUACUACUAGGUUGCCAAUAGACUACGUACCAAAUUUGGUCCAAAUUGGUACACUUUGGGCCGAGUUAGAAGGGGGGUCAAAACUUUUGGCGGGGAGUAUAUGUUCGAAAAUAUGUCCAAAAGAGUUCCUCCUGACGACUUCUUAUUCCAAAAAAAUACAGUAUAAUCUCAACUUUUCUCAAUUUUGAUUAAAUUCUGAGAGUCUCACCAUGAGCCCUCGACCUGCUAAAACCAAUUCCUUCCUCCCUCAGUUUUCUCAGCACUGAUUUUUUUGACUAAAUUGCGGGUGGCUUGCCUCAUUCGCUCUAUAAUGCACAUGUGCAUAAAUCCCGAAUGAAUAUGGGAAGGGGAACAAAAGAACUGCUGUGGGGUAUUUUGUGGGUGGGCAAAUGGAAUUUCCUGUUAUGAGCGGGAUUUUUGGUCGGUGUUUUUAUGUAAAUUUUGGUGGGAAGCUUAAAAAACCUUUGAUCUUUAGGGGUAUUUUGGGUCAUAAUCUUGGAAUGAAAAGGAGUUUUUGAUGGGUUUUCUUGGAAAACCUUGACUUUUAGAGAUGCGGUUGAAGAGCUCGAGGUAUGAGAAGGAAAAUUUAAAAGUUUUUUCUGUAUGUAACAUGUUUAAAGUGCGAAGCUCAUACAUAUUUUAGCAAUUCGGAUGCAUAAACAACCAAGACUUUAAGUCCGAAAGUUGGUGAAAAUUUGACGCUUUUUGUAAGCAUAAGCCUGAAUUAUUUGAAAGUUCACAUUAGCCUUUUAAGCGAUACUUCUUCGAAGAAAGCUGUAAGUGCACGAAAGACCUCCUCUAAAACCCCAAGAUAUUAUAAUUCGAAUGUCCAGCAUUUUCCCACUCUUUGCGGGCGAAACGGAAGUUGCUGACCGAAAGCCCUCUAAUCCAAUCGUCGUUUUUGAUGACUUUUGCACCCGAAUUUGGGCUGCGUCCUCUUUAUUCAUAACUAUUUAUCCCAGUGGCCACUCCAUAAAAAAGGAGCCGAAAAGUUACGGAGGUCCUUUCAGGAUUUUUACUUUUUUUAUUGGAUUUGAAGGGAGGCGAGCUGAAGGGGGUUGAGGUGGGAAAUAUGAAAGAUAAGGCAAAUUUUGCCGUUUCAAGAUGAUUUUUCAUAACAAAAUGGCAUAGCGUGGAUAAAAUUAGCACAAUGACUUGAAAGUAAAAAUUAAAAUCGUAUUCUGCUGAAAUCGCUGAAGGUAAAUUUUGAAAAUUUCUGUAAAACCGUGCCGAAUGAGAAGAAAUCAAUCGCCGGUGGCGUGUUUUUCCUUCAAGUCCCGGCAUAAUUAAAUCCUUGAAAAUUUCAGGUAGCCUCCAAAUUUAUAACAUAGCAUUGAAAUGUCACUUCCACAACUUAUUUACGGCGAAUAUUAAUGUUCACAUUGCUUUUUGAAGCCUCCCCACAUCAUCCUUGACCCUAUUCCGGGAACACUUUGACUUAACGUUAUUAUUGGCUUUGUUACCAAGUCAAGUAGAUUUUUUUCGGACUUUUCGUAUCUAUUAUCCAACAAAGAUUUUUAUUUGUCUGGAACCUCCCUCUGCAAGUUUUGUCCGAGGAACUAUAGUCUUCAAGGGACUGUUUUUUAGCCCCUUAUCUCAUCAAAUGACGCGUGCAGUAUUUGCUGAAGAUGGACAGAAUUUAAUGAAAACCGAUAUCUUGUCUCAUCUUCGGCGAGAGUGUUGCGCUUUGACUUGUAGCCUUUGGACAUUGAGACGGAGUGUUUUCUGCAAAGAAUGUCGGAAGUGAAGUCAGAUUUUUUGAGUUUUAUGGUCAUACAUACAUUGCUGCAAGGCUGUACAAUGGAUCGCAAAUGAAAAAUGAAAAAGAAUGAUUUGUUAUGAGAGCGGUUCGUUGUACAUAGGAUUAUUUUGUUUUAAAGCGUUUUUUACCUCUUGAAUGAUCUUCGACGAAGAGAAACUAAAUGGAAAAAACUUCUGGUCAUGUUGCUGUUAAUUUUGCUGCUGAAAGAACUUAUUUUUAGUAGAGAUUUUCUUUUAUUAUUGUCGCCUACAAACUUCAAAUUCUCUAUGUUCAUUUUCCAAAAAUUUCGUUUGCAAAUUUCUUCAGGUUCUGAUUGAAUCGACUAUUUAUCUCCAUUUCCAGAAUCCCCUCUUUCUCAUUAGCCAAAAGAAACCAUAAGAGCUUCUAUUUACCUGCACUCUUUAACCUCCGCUCCGCUUUCAUUUCUACGUAAUUUUCGCUCUUCGAACGCCCAGUUCUUGUGUAAUAUUCCGAAAAUAACAUCCUCGAAUAUGCUCAUUUCUAAUCAAGUCCCAGAGAACUUCCAGGAGAGAUGAAUAAAGACAUUUACAACGAAUUCCUUUUGUGGGUAAUUCGACCGGGAAAUUUGAGCCAUCAGUCGAUAUAUAAGAUUACUUUCGAAGGGAGCCAAAAAAUGUUUGCCGAAGAAGGGAAUAAGGUUCGGGCAUUGUUUUUUUGUUGAGGAGAUUGGAAUGAUAGUUGAUGCGUUUUAUUAUGCCAUAUUUAUGGACUUUUGGGACGGGUAGUAAAAAGCGCUUUUGAAAAGUUUAUAUCUCACGGUGAGUAAAUAACACAGUCCACCUACUCUGCGUUAUUACCCAAAAUCCCCGGAGAUAUUUUAUGGUUUUUCCUAUUUCGACUGCAAAAAGUCGCGUGUUAUACUUUUUCACUAUAAUACAUAGUAUGAGUCCACAUCAACGAUUAUAGUGGUGCCUCACAAAUUGAGAUACUAUUUUAUGGUUCCGUUUCACAACAACCCUUAUAUGUGCGUCUGUAUGCUGCGUGCAUUUCAUUAACACUCCCCCAUUUUCCCAUGAGCCCCCGUCAUUAUAUAACUAUACAACGUAAAACAUGUAUCUUGAUAUAAAAUUGAACGCAGUACUUUUUUGCGUCGAGCGUUUAUAUCCUUUAGAGUAAUGAUUAUUUUUGUGUUCCACUAACACGUAAGUCUCAUGUAGAUGUACUUUUCCUAUACCUAUAGUGCAUCUCAGCACUUGACCAGCCAAUGCUCAAUGUUUUGAAUAGUUUUAAUCAAGAUUUUCUAGACUCACUGGACUUCCUUCAUCUUUAAACUGAACUCAAAAUAUCGGAAGACUUUUGCGUGGAAGGUUUACCCUUUUAUUUAUUCAAUGCAAAUCAUGUUUAUUGUCCGAAAUAGCUUUCUUGGCAAAAUAAUUUUAUUUUCUUUUCUUUGGCGGCGCGCCAAGAAUAGGAGCGUAAAUUUAAUUUGACGGAAACACUCUUUGGAAGUUUUUUGGAAACGUUUUGACUAUUCAAAAAAAAAAAUGUUUUAUUAUUUUCGAGAAAUGCAAUUAUUAUUGGAUAUCUACCGCAGCAUUUUAUGUGUUUUCCUUGCAGUCGAUAAACUUUUUCGGACCAGAAUAGGCAAAAAAAAAUCAAAGGCCUUCAAGUUUCUGGCCCUCUUGCAAGUAAGGUGUACCAUGUUACGCAAGCUGCACAACAGUUAUGUUAAGUUUUACCUCGAAAAAAAGUACUUGAAUAUUGUUGUCCUUUCAAACCACGAGUUAAGAUAGGAUGAAUCUAUGCUCCAUUUGGAGUGUUUACCGGUAACAUGGAGUAGAUAAGAGCAUACUCCCUAAGGCAAUAUCUCUCUUUUUUUAUUUCAGAGAUCCUGCGGCGGGUUCUUAUAAUAAAUCGCAAGUCUUCUCAUUGAAUUUUCCCAAGAUGAAUUCCAAAGUCCACCACCUCAAUAUUAGGCCUGUUUUUACUGCAUAAGUAAAUGCAUAUUGCGCGGAAAUGAUUUUCAAUUUCUUAUGUUCCCACGCGAUUUUUCGGGAUGCAAUUCGCCUUAUUCGGUUAUUUUUCAGCCCAAGUGAGAAUGUUUUGGAGUGAGACUCGCCGUAUGCCCUGAUUAAAGUUUAUUCUUUGCCCGAGGUUGUGGGCUACGUAGGACUUUUAUGGAUGUUUAAUGUUCUUCAAAAAAAUUGUCAAAAUCGGCGUCAAUUUUAGCCGUCCCAAAAUUUGCUAUUACUACUCGCGCCAUAAACUCCGGAAAACUUUUUACCGACGUCGCACGGUCGCACGCACGGAGCGCGCGCGAAAAGUGCAUGUCGAUGCGAAUUCCACGGACUUUAUGGCGCGAGUAACAUCAAAAUCAUAAAAUUUUUAAUCAUUUAAUCCAAAUUGAAAAAUGGAUACUCCCAUUUCCUUUACAACAAAAAGGUCAUUUUAUUGCUCCAACAAUAGAAAAACUAUAUUAUACUAAAAAUGCAGGGGUUCUAGCAAUCCAUGAUAACCCAUCAAAGCCCUAUUGACUUCUCCCUCCCUCACGAUGAGCUCCUGGAGCGAGUUUUUCCUUUCUUGUGUUCUUAAUGUUUUUCGGGGCCAAAAAUCCGGCCGCUCCUCGGAACGUUGGCGAGAAUUUUUACUUUUUGUCACUCCUCCUAAAUGCCUGAGGCGAUUUGUCUUCCAGAAUCGGGGAGUUUAAUUCUUGAUGGAAGUUUCUUUAAAGGUCGUUUUUGGAGGACUAAGACUAUUGCUUUACUAUUUAUAUUUUCUUUGGAUUUUUUUGAGGGCUAUUUUACAUGUAAAACACUGCUCACCAGUUUUAGCUUCCCAAAAAAAACUUACUUAAUUUUGCCUUAUUUAAUAUUUAUUACAUUUACUACAUCCCGGAAACAACUCGGCUAUAACGAGUACAAUUUGUUGCAUUUAUUCCCAUGUUUUUGAAUUAUGAUGUUGGUAGUAGUGCAGUAUAUUUUUGAGCUGUUUUCAGGCCAUCCAAACGCUCACGCUCUGGGUCAUCCAAGAUUGAUCAAGAUGGCUGCCAAAACUCCGGCCUUUGAUCCGGCUGAUUUCCCGCAGGUAGGAUGACAUUUUCAAUUGAAAAUUUGCACGUUUAGAGGAGAAAGGGGAAAGAAUUGGGGAGUUUCCUUCGCCAAAGCAAAGCUUUUACCGAGAUUUUCAAGUUUAACGGCUAUGUUUGCGAAGAUCUUAGUUUUUGCCGUGAAAAUAUCGUUUCUUGGACAUAUACCAUCCAACAACCCGUUCUAUAUUAUAGCAUGUUAAAGUGGGAACACAUAAUUAUGCAAAAUUUAACAAAAUUAUGGAACUUUUCCUCCAGCAAACUUGACUUAUAAUUUGAUGCGCGAUGAAAUCCCUUUUGGUCAAAAAUUGGCAUCUUAUCGGUCUUUUCCCACUUAAAAUUUUUGCUCCUGAACGCUUAGAGAUCCAGUAAACAAGUUGUAAUAAACCCAAUUUUUUGCAGGACAGCAUUCGCUCCUCGGGGAUUGGCCACCAACCCAAGCAUGAUGAAGAAGAUGGCUUCUUUGAACUCUCGGAAUUGGGAUGUCUGAAUUCGGCGGAGCAAGGCGACUGUGAGGCGGAUGUGCCUACAGAAGGUUGGUUUUGCAAUUGAUAUAUUUUGGAAUUAAAAUCAAAGAGUUAAAAUGUAUUCAAAUUUUGCAAGCAUUCAAAUAUUCUGAGAAAUAGCAAAUCAACUUCCUUUUGAUUUUUUACACUUUUCAAAAUUUGCAUUUUCGAAAUUAUGCAAAUUUAUAUUCUCGAAAACCCUAAAAUAUUGAAUGUUGUGAGGCCCACAAAAGUAGUUAGAAGCCAAGAAUUAAAUGUUUUUGGCCUUCCUAAUCCGCUAAUCCAUUCUUCUCGGGCCAAAUGAACGGUCAUAAACGGGCUCUAAUUUAUUUGCCUUCUUCAAAGCGGGCGCAAUGUUAUUGAAAAUUAGUUUUUUUUUUGUUUGCAAUACGUAUUUGGCGAUUAUCCAAUUCUGAAAAUUUCGAAAUUGCUGGGAUUUCAGAAAUUUUACUAAUUCCUCGUAUAUUUUAAUUUCUCGUAUUUUACAAAAGUUGCUAUGAAAAGCAUGUUUUACGUUGAAGAUUCGAAAGUCGCUUCUCUAGAAUAACGUCGUAUAUUUGUACCGGUCUUCCCACGUCGUUUGCAUAAUCAUUUCUCUGAAAAUUCUAUUUGCAUCUCUGUUCCAUAGAACACUUCAUGCUUCAGAAAUUGUAAAUCUUUCUUGUUUUACAUACACUUCCGUGUUUUCCCCUCCAAAUUGGUUGACUCUCGCUUAUUUCUUAUUAUUACCUCGGCUAAAAUAGGCCAAUCCUCUUUCCUUUGCUGAACAAGUGCGUUUGGAGCCUUUUUGGGUAUAAAAAUUGUUGUUAAGGAGAGGUUUUGCUGUAUAAAGGACUUUUGAAGCUUGAAAAGGUUUUUACAACAGUAAUAUUGUUUACUUCCCCUAGGGAAUCGAAAAGACGCGAGAAUUGUGAACCACCCCCGUGAGGCGAAGUGGCCGAGUGGUCUAAGGCGCUGGUUUUAGGCACCAGUCUCUUCGGGGGCGUGGGUUCGAAUCCCACCUUCGUCAAAGUCCCUUUUAUAAGAUUCUGUUUUUAACUGUUAACAAAACAUUUAUUUUUUCAAAUUUCACAUGCUUAUUUUCAAAAUCUUAAAAUUAGUGUAAUUUAUUGCAAAGCCGUCCAUAGACUUGUUAAAUUCUUAUUCCAUAUGGCGUUUCUACAAGCAUCUAGCGUUGUAAGUGUGUGUCUUUUUUCCCAUCUAAAUUUGCAUUUGUUUGCAAACCACUUGAAGGGUCACUUAAGGCGAUAUGGUUGUCGUUGCAAGGGGGUGUAAUGUAAUAUUGGCUAAAUUUUUGUGGGAAAAGUAAGUUGAGGCGAUUCAUAUGGUUUUUUGGGCAAUUUUGAAAUAAAUUGUGCCCAUUCAUAUUUAUAUUUAGUGAUAAUUCAAAGAAAUAUUCAGUCUUCGGUUAUUGCAAACUAUAAUCAAAACGUUCUAGGAUUGUCCAAAAAUUAGCCUAAUUUUCGUAAAUGUACUUACUGAGAAUUUUUUUUCUUCUAAAACCUUUUGAUAUUCUUUGUGGAUGUUAUUACAUACGGUUCCCCGUCUCCGUUCCUCAUUCCUGCCGUAAAAGAAGGGCGCCAAGGGUAUCCGGUCCCCGAUUUUCUGUCGCUUCAACGGAUUUCGGCCGCGCUUUUUGUUUCCCUUCCACCUUUAUCCGCUCUCCUUUUUCGCAUGAGAGUUCGAAAUUUUUCCAAGGAAUGCUUCGGAUACUCUAAAUGCGACUUUGAAGUUAUCCUCAGCUGAUUUCUGCGCGUGUUUUAAGACACGGCUUGAUCUUUUUUAAGCUAAGAAUCCAUCACAUUUAUUUGAAAAUUUGACUUUUAAUUUUUGUGAAGUUUCAUAAAAAUGUGUUUCCUGUUGAAAUUUCAGUAAAAUGCUUUCUCUCCUUUUUCCCUGCGCAAAUUCUAAAUCCGUGCCAAAACUGAUAAACUAUUCCAAAGAAACCUCUCAAAGAUUUUUAGACAUUUCCAAAACGGCAGAUUAAAUCCGUGACAAGCAGUUACAUCGUCGCUGGGAAUCCUAUACAGUUCUGGCGUAAGGGAUUAAAGGGCCCAAUUUGGAGUGGCUAUUGCCAAUUUUUGGCUUCCACGAGUUUAUGAAGUAAUUUAAGGAUACUUUCUGCAGCCCAAAGUAAUCUUUGUUAGACUUUUAGACUCACUUUAUGAAUCUUUUAAAAAUUCUUCUAGCAAUUUAAUUUUUUAAAUAGCGUUAUUACAAAUAGAGUCAAAAAAUGUGUCGUCAUGACACAGUAAAUAUCGUGUGCUUGGCAAAGCGGUUCGGUAAAAAUUCUAAAAAUUUCGUUGUUUUAUAUUUUCGUUGCCUGUUCCGCGUUACCCAUAGUGCUCACAAUUUCCGGCUAUCGAGAAAUUAGGAAUUCGCACUGCCGAAACCCCCAAUUUGGAAGCGGAAAAGCGAAAAAAUCGGCGGCGAAAUGAGUUUUCAUGUUUAUUAAAAAGUCACUGAAAUUGGAGUCCGCUGCGGUAAUUGUUAUUGUUGCGUGUUUGAUAUAGAUUUUAUGCAAACUUGUUGUAAUGUCUGUGUUCAAAUUUACAGUUUGUAUGACUUUUUGUUUUCAAACCAGUAAUCCGAAAAUUACUGUCUGGCAGAAUUUAUUUGGGUGAGAAAAUAAGAUUUGAUUGUCAUUUUCGGGUAAUACGUUUUUACCGGGAAGUAAAUGUGUACAAACGAUUAUCUAUUUAUAUUUGACGAUAGAUAAUGUUCCAGCCGUCUGGCCAGGAAUGCUAGCCGAAGGUUUUUGUUUUGUCAUCGUUUUUAUUUUUUGAGACAUUUGUCUUGAGAUUUUCCACAAUUAAAAAUGGAAAUCCUCGGGGAUUUCGUUGCAGAUAUGGCUUUUGAAUUUGAUCCCAAAUGGCAGCUGGGUUCAAUUUGUUGUGUCAACUGGAUUUAUGAAUAUUUUGGUUGGCAUUUUGAUAUUGUAGAGGAGAAGGAAGACUGACAUUUUUAUUACCCCAAGUUUGCAAAGAAGGUUCUUUCAACGCAGCUCUUGCCCUUCUGUUUUUUCAAAACAUUUACUUGGAAUCUCACAAAUUCCUUUGAAUAAUGUAGCAUAAAUUUAUCCCAGCUUUGCUUUGCGUCACAUUUUCUUAUUCAUUAGCUAAGCCAAAAGUUUUCCUUAAUACCUUAGCUUACUAUCCCAAUUUUCUCACCUCCAUUACCCUUUCGUUUUUAGGACGAAGCUAGAAAGUUUUCCCCAUGGCUAAGUGUUUUUGAAAAAGAGUUUUUUUGGCGUGAGAUAAUCGCGUUAAUUUACUUUUUAAGUCUGCCUUAGGGUGGUCAAAAUGGAAAGGGGAGUUGGAAAUGAAUGGUGGCCAGGAUUUGUUUUCUGAAAUUAUUUUCUGCUGCUUUCGGUCUUGUUGAGUUUGCAAUAAUAAAAACUAUCUUAUUAAUAAUGGAAAAACUGGCUUUACAAUCUUACUGUAGUUUCUUAUCUUAAAGCUUAAAAAGCCUUUUUUAUUAAUUUGUAUACCGGAAAUCUCAGAAAAUCGCAAAUUUGAUUAGUUUUUUAUUAUAACUAAUUGAGAAUCCCUGUAAUUUAAUGAAAAGGAGUUAAUCUCCCGCCUCCUUUCCCAUUAUUGGUUAGAUAAUCACCUACGGGCUUUUUGGCAAAUCCCUCAAAUGAAUUGUUAACGGAAAUUGCGUAGAGGGGAUUCUGGAGCUUUUAUCGGGAUUUUAAACUCAUGUACUGUUUUUUAAUAUCGCUUAUGGCUCUACGGACGACGGAGGGAAGUUGCACGUUCAGAUUUUACCAUUUAUUUGGCAGCUACAUAUGGCAAAUAUUACUCGAUAUUUUUGGCCAAGUUUCAUUAAAAUUAGGGGGUAGCACUUUGAGCACUUCCCCUUUUUUGGCAUAAUGACCCUCUACAAUACAAUUAAAAUCCAAACAAGUUUUGCGUUCAAGUCCUUAAUUGUAUUCCUUUUCGUAGUCUAAACCCACAUUACUUUGGUUAUUAUAUUCUCUUACUGUCCCACUAAAUUGUUUGACAAAUAAAUGUGUGAGUCGAACGGUUUGUGAUAUUGGCCUUUUCUUAUUUUAUAGAACAGUACAACCAACUUCCAUAAAUGCGUGGACAUUUUCUCUCUUUCGCACAGUGCAUUCUGAACUUUUUCCCACGCUUGUCGCCAACGCACCGUGGAUUUUUUCCCUUUCCACACAGUACAAACCACAAAAAAGCCGUUUUCUCUGUGCAAAUUCUUCAGCAAACCCGCGGCGACACAAUUGAAAUAAAGCGUACGUCGCGACGAUAUUUUCGUUGCACGGUGCAAAACAAAAGACAUGAAGUGCGUGGUGCAAGACGGGAGUUUUUGUGCCGCGACAAAAAAGCAUGUACUUUAUGAAAAUCUAAUAGCGCCAACAUAUUUUUUAGGUUAUUUUUUGAUGGAAUUUCUGAUAGACCUUCGAGACCAUAAAUUUUUCAUAUUUCUCCUCAAGAGCACGUAUAGUAAAAACCCGAUUGGAAAUGUCAACUUUUUCCGAGUUAUGUGUUUUUAUAAAAACAUAUGUGAUAAAUGGGAAUUUCAAAAAUUUUCGUUUCAUUUUUGGCCGACGAAGUCCCGAGGACUGGCUAAUUUUUAAUUUCCGUUUUUUGCGCAUGCGAAAAAAUGAAAGUGCGCGAAACGCAGAGGGAAAUUUGCAUAUUUUAUAAAAGCCAAGGAAUUUGCGGAUUUUCGCGGGAUUUUCUCCGAAUUUUUUGAGUCGAAAAAUCGGGCAGAGAAUGUGCAGGAGGGGAAAAAGCAAAAACACGCCCUUGUGCUUUAUUUCUUACCGAAAAACAAUUUUUUGAUUUUUUUAUUUUUCAAAUUUAUUUUUUUCUUCCCAUUUCGUCUCCUGUAUUUUUUGGGUCUUUCUCGUCAUUUCCAUCUGUUCUUAAUAACUUGGGGCAUCUAAGAAAUUUCCAAUAAAAAGUGCCUCUAUUCUCUUCCCGACACUUCUACAAUCCUACUAAUUUUGGUGACUUAAAACAACAUAUGCGUAUAUUGCGGUAGAUAUAUCAGUUCUGUAAGCUUCUAAGAAGCUCAAGUUAUUGGGAAUUAAAUUUAGGAUCAAAAGGAACACCGUAAUCAUAUUUAUAAGCGAUAGAGGGCUUUGGAAAGACGCAAAAAUUUUCGGGAUUUUUUGAACUUCAGGAAAAACAUUUUUGAAUUUUUAUUUUUGACGUUUUUGUCAGACAUCUUCAUGUAAGGCCUUUUUAUAGCCCUGAAACCUCCGCAGAAAGAGUAUAGUUUUCGUAAAACAGACCUCCAGAAACCAAUGUCAAAUUGGAUUAAACUUCCAACCCAAAUGUAUUUUGCCAACGGUGAAAGUCAAUAGAAUUGUUAGUGAUUAACUUUUUAUGCAAAGCAGUGCCCACAGGGAGAAAUUAAAUUGUAAAAAAAGUAGGGUGCAAAACUUUUUCCUUGAUUAAAGUUGCGGAAUUAGGAGGGUAAAUUGGCAGGUUAAAAGUGUUAUACUUUGGAGAAAAAACUUUGGCAGAGAUUGAGUUAAGAGGCCAAGGAGUAGUGGGUUGCGCGGAAGCUCUAUUUUUGCAGGGAAUUUACGCCCGAGCCGUCAAGCAGAUUACCUUGAUUUCACGGUAAAAUUUUUUACUUUUUUAGUUAUUCCAUCAUUUUCGACUUGAAACCUUCGUGAUUUCUGCCAAAUGCAAGGCAAAAAUCGCUACGUUUUCUGCAUUUUUAGGUUCUCUGUGUCUUCCAAGCUCUUCUCCAUCACCAUUUCUCAUCAUUUUUGUACUUUUGACCCUAGAGCUCUCUUCUCGCUCCUUCCCAAACGUUCAACCAUCCAUAAUCCUCUAUCACUCUUCCUUAUCCGUUAUUGACACACGUCUUUAUCCGUUUACACUUUUCAAAGCUGCCCUUUGGCCAAAAACAAAGGCUUCUGGCCAAACAAAGCCCAAAUAUCCCAUUUCUUUUCUCGAGAUGAAAUGUUAAGGAUAUAUUCAUCCGUUUCGAACUGAUUUUCUCCGGGGAGUAUUUCAUUUUUGUGCUGCCCGAGGCGCUUCUGUUUAAACAACGGCCAAAGUCGAGAAUUGGCGGCGCCAAAAAUGUUUGUCGAUUUGUUUUUUUAUGGCCAUCCUCUUUGGCGAAUUCUGGUGGGAUGGGAUAGCGUGCAUAGGUUGGUGGGUUUCUUGAAGGCGGAUAUAUUUGGGGAAAGGUUGUUUUUGGAGGGUGGUGUGCAUUUGAGGAGGGCUGAGCGCUAAGAUGAGGGAAUUUUGGUACAUUGACAGUUGGUGCUGUUGCGCUCUGAGGUGUCUUUGAGAGGAUGUGUAGACUAUGUCAUAGUAGUGACUGUCGUACAGAAAAAAAUCUUUUUUGGCUUAUCGGUAUAAAUUUUAAGCGUAAAAUAAAAUUUUUUUAGUGGUUUUAGAACUCCACAGACCAUGCAAGAUGAUGAUUUAGCGCCCCAAUGAAAAAUGUUGAAUUACGCCAAUUUUGCCAAAAAAGAUCCCGAUGAUUUCUGCCGAGAAUUAGGCUCUUUAUUCCACUCCGUUUACCUGAAGAGCAUUUUUAGUCUCCAGAGUUUAAAUACCAAGCUAGCUAUUUUCCUACAGUCAUAUUUUGCACUUUAACAAAUCCUUUUACGUUCACAUUUUCCCGAUCAUUGGCGCAUUGGAUCGUAUUCCAAAGCCCACUACAAAGUUCGUUGUUGGAUCUCUUGGGGAAAUGGAAUCUUCGGAUCAUCAACGAAUAAAUCCGCUAUCAUUUCCGGCUUCGGUGAGAGAUUAGUAAACAAAAAGGGAAAAAGACAAUCCAAGACUACAGUGAAGAGUACGUGAGAAAGCAGAGCGUUUCAAAAAGUCGACGAUUAGAUGUUUUUUGUGUUUUCAGUAAACCGAGUCUUGUCAAACAGUUAACAAUUCAGGUUUUUAAAUCCAAUGGUAGUUCAUUUUUUCACAAAACAAUGUUUUUUGCUCCUUAAAAACUCUGGUCCAUUUCUGUUGCUCGUAAUUGCCCUAACAGUGUUUAUUUUCUUUAUUCCCAUCAUUUGAAUACGCUACUUACCCUUUGGUUAUUUCGGAAUACAUAUGUGCAUAUAAAAACGUCAUUGUUUUUGCACUUUGGAGAAAACCUCCCAUGACUAUUCAUCAAAAAACCUCGAAAGUUUGCAGAUCUCCAAUCCCCAUAAGCGUUAUCUUGGGGCCAUUUCAAACCCGGUUUUGUUUCGAGAGUCACUUUUGCGGCCAAAUGUGGGAGAAUUGGCCAUUUUUCGGGCCGGACUUAAAACCCCCAUUCUUCUCACCUUAGUCCACUUGUUUUUUGCACAUUUCCGGGAAAGAACAUAGGAUUUAUCGGGGUAAAUGCGAUGCUUAUUAUGACUUAAGAGCCAUUUAUAUUACUGAUGUUAGGAUUUUUGAGGUAGUUAUAGGAAAAGUUUUAAUUUGGACAAAAAACAGUGUUUUUAUUCCUUAAAUCAAUCAAGAAAUAUAUUUAAUAUAAAUGGGGAAGUUUUUACAACCUAAUUCAAUGAAAAAUAAAACUGAUUUCCUGUAUUUUUUGAAAAAAAUACGACUUUGCCACCUGCCGGAAUCGAACCAGCGACCUUCGGUUUACAAGACCGACGCUCUGCCACUAAGCCAAGGUGGCAAUGCAUCCGAACCCCAUAAAAAGUCUGAUCAAAGCGAGAGCGCAUGCGCUGGGAAUACAGUGGAUGUAAUGGCGGUUAUCGUUUAGAACAAAAACAGCUGCUGCAACGUUACGUAAAUGCGGAUGUAAAAAAUGUGGGCAAUGAGAAAAAAAUUUGAUAAAAGAGAUUAUUUUGACGAAAAAUCCUGUGUGAUGCGGCUGUUAAUCGUAGAACUUUCUUGGCGUAUAUGAUAGCUCAAGCUAUUUUUGUAGCUGUGCUGAUUUUUUCGACAAUUUGGCCUUAAAUUUUACUUCUUCCUUGUUUUUUCGUCAAAAUCCAUUCAUUUUUGUUUAGAAAUCCUAUUUUUGCCACUUUUGGCUGAUUUCCCGAACUCAAGCACCCAGAACCCACCUCAAAGCGCUCCCUAAUCCCCUCCAAAAGCCAUGUGAAUAAUUCAAUGCCACAGCAUUUCCCCCGUUUUCCGACUUUUCGGUGAUUAUCCGCCGCUAAUACGGUGCCAGAUUUUUGAAAACUUUUGUUUACGAAAAGACCCCGUAUAAUGUAAAUUCUUACAUCGCGAGCAUCCCUAUUUUUCUUACAAACGCAAUUUCCGCCGUAGGCUGAAAAGACGAUGGUUAUUUUUAUUUUAUAAAACAUGUGGAAGGUUUUUUCGCCGAGUAAGAGGUUCAUUAAGGGAUUUGUGAAGUUAAAACGACUAAAAGAUUGUCAAAACGGGGCUAUUUUUUGAAUUUGGGUGUUGGUGGUCGGAAGUUGAUAUAAAUAGUACACAAGGGCUAAAAAAAUCGUCACAUUUUUGAACUUUUUUUGCUAUUUUUGUCGUGUUUUAUUUGCCGGUUACAAAUAGAAUAGAAGGCUUAAACUUAAAGGUUCAAAAGCCAAUUUCGAUGGUGAAACAAAGAAAAUCACAUUGAUUCCUAUGUUUCCAGGACGAACUUUCAAAAAAUACCAAUUGUUGGGAAGUUGUAAUUCAAUCCUUUAGUUAGUUUACGACCAUAAAUUGCUUUCUGCUUUCGUAACCUCAUAAUUUCCUUUUUUUAUUAAAUCAAUUCUUAACCUCGUUUUCGACCUAAUUUAUUUUCUUAGAUUCAAAAAAGUUCCUUUCCAAUUACGUAAUUCCCCCUACUCUUACGUGGUAUUUUAACCACCAAAGCCGAUUCCUUACGUUCUAUUAGAUUCGCAUCCAGAAUCUUGUUUCCGUGGCGGACAAAUUUCUUUUCUUCGUGGUGCGAAAAACGACACAAAAAACAUUUUCAGGGUCAUUUUUUACUUCUUUACGUACGCCUUCAAGUGCUGAUGUAGCUUUAUUAUUUCGGGCUCGCUCCGUGCAACACUGGCCAUUUUCGAUAAUCUUUUGAGGGGGAUUUUGGGGAGAUGGGGUCAGUUUUUCCUAAAGAGACGAUUGUUUGCAGUGGAUUGAAAGAUUGUUUUUUAAGUUUGGAAAGGUGCUGAAAUUCAGAAAGUCAAACUUUAAUGAAAUUUGGCAUAAACUUAGUGUUCCAGAAGAAGCAUGCAAGAUUGCUAUCUUGCGGAUUGCAAAAACAACCGAGAUUUUUACGUCAAAAGUUGGCCAUUUUCUGCAAAUUUCUCCAUGAAAAGUUGGCAGAAAUGUGGGUAAAAAACUUUUCUGUCUGAACCCAUCCACAUUUCGCAUAGUCCCUCGUCGGCAAAGACUGUUGAGCCUCUGCAAAAAACAAAUCUUGAGGGAUUUAUACGUAGUCUAGGCGUUUGAAAUAUGUGAAAUAUCGCGUCGUACUUUGGGCCAUAUAUCAAAUCUGCACAUGAAAAAAGAACAUUUGUUUUUUCUACGAGGCAUCAUUCAACUCAAUUUUAUUUUGUUUCCAUCGCCUUGACCAAGCGAAUAAAUGUGCCAUAUUAGUGCAAAGAACAAUGAAAACGUUUCCAAAUUGCUUUUCUUCUAUAUUCCUUCGUCCAAAUAUUAACUAAGAGCACUAUUUACAUUACAAAUGCCAAUUACAACGCUCUUUCUCUAUCCCUAAUCUCAUAAAAAUUGCGCUGUUUACGGUCUUAGGACACUAUUUUUGCUUUUGCAAAUUCCUCGUUUGUUUACGAGAUCUCAUCUUGGUUUUUUGCUCACUGUGAAUUAAAAUUCUGUUUUUGAGAUUUUCCAAAGUUUUUCUUGGCUGUAUUACCGCAUUUACUGGUAACGAAUAUACACUGCCCUUUUUGCGUAACUUUUACUAAAUUGUUUUCCAAUUAUUUGUCUUUAUAACGACUUUCCUGAGUAAUUAUAGCUUAUAAUCCAAUUUAGAACACUUAUUACUCUUUACUAGGGAAGGUUUCUCUUCCAAACAAUGGCAAAAAUUGCAAAGAAACUCCUCUUUGAUUUGUUUGACAAGCAGUUUUUAAUGUCUUGUAAGUUUGUUUAGAUCGUGGGUGGCAUUUUUUCGCACUCACAACAAAAUUUUUCAAAUUGUAACAGGAAGUAUCACAGAUACGCGCCAAAGUCGUUGGUUACGGGGGCAGGGUGGUACCAAGCUUUGCAGGUGUUUUGAGACUUGAAAAAAAUAUCAAAAAAUAUCGGUAGGAUCUUUUGCACUUCGUGGUUCUCUUUGAUACCAAAUUUGGACUACUUUUUAUUUCUUUUUCUUCCUCUCUGCCGACUGAAGCUUGUAGAAUGAAUACCCACCCAACUUUAUCGUAUUCAACACUACUAUUUACCUUUUCGACAUUCUUCUAAACCCUCUUACGCCAUUUUUACGAUUACUAUUAGUCCAAGUUCCGAACUCUUUUUGCAUUUUCUCUCCAGAAAACUCUAUUCAUCGACUAAUUCCCGCACGUAUUUCUAACGCACCACUAAUGCGCAACAAUAAACUCCCUUACUUUCCAUUGAAUGGAUCCCGGAAAAAGAAAAUGGGCGAGAAAUGUGCCGUCGCAAAUAACGUCUUUUUAUUGUUCUCGAGGCGUGAAAAUGAGCGAGUAUAACGUCAAACCUUGACAAUUUGUGGGAUUUUUGUUCAGUGGCGACGAGUGUGCAAACCAAAACCGACGUUUUGAAAGUUUUUAGGAUGCAAUUUUUGCGUCGUUUUGAUAAAAAAUACAUAAAUUUAUUUUUUACAGUAAGCCUAUUUACUGUAUACCCCGUGAUUUUGGUAUAAAACAUCCAAAAAGGUUUUCUGAUGAGAGUGGGAUUCGAACCCACGCCUCCGAAGAGACUGGUGCCUUAAACCAGCGCCUUAGACCGCUCGGCCAUCUCACCACACUACCCGCCAUCCGCUUUUUCUCUUUUCUUUUUGAUCGGACAGAUUUUUAUUCGCGAAAGGCCAUUGAUGUGUGUUAUCUCUCGUUUUUAAAGGCGAUUCUCACUUCAAAAACAUCAAAUUAUAUUUUCCUUGACAUCAACGUCAUGUGAAUUCGUAAAAAAAUCGACCAACAGUUUCAAUGGACUGGUAUAACUUGGGCGCAUUUUGGCGGCAUCGGACAGUUUUUGUGAUCUUGCUAUUACUCAACAUAUCAUCAACAAAUUCACGGAUAAUCGGCCUUCAUCGUCGACGGUCGGUUCCACUGGACUCGAGUUCGACAAUGUUGGCUGACGAAGACGGGUUAAAUGCGAGUCAAAUGCCGAUUAUUUGUCUGAUGGAGUGGAGUUCGCCGCGUUGCAAAGAGCAUGCGUUCGAUGUGCCGGCUCCGAAAUUCGCACCAAAUUUUAAAUUUCCGACAACGCCGACGACGAGACGACUGACUCACGGGUUGAGGAAUGCAAAUACCCCCAGGGCAAACGAGGGGGAUAUGCAAAUUUUAGUGCGUGGAACUACUGAAGCUCCAAAAAGCAUUCAGAAGAAUGAGAGUAAGGGAUCAAAAGUUUAAAAUGUUGAAAUAUUGCAAUAUCAAAAAAUUUGCAUAUGUGUAAAGUGAUACUUGUAAAUUAUAAGUUAACUCUCAAAAUUAAAAAAAAUUGUCUUUGAUUAUAAAUUUACUUUAGACACACAGAUUAUCAAAAAUUUUCAUAUAUCAAAACAAAUAUUAAAAAACUGCAAAUUUGAAUGUUUGGCAAAAACGAACAUCAAAAAUUAUAAAUUUUUGUGUUAUUAAUAUAUAAAAUUGCAUAUUUUCAGGUUUCUUUACACCAAUCGUUCCAAAAGCCUUCAAACAGAAGAACACACCGACCGAUGAUACCAGUAGGUUUUCACGUUUUACAAUUCAAAUGUUCGUGACUUGAAUGUUGGCAUUCUUUGUUAUUUACCCACUGCCUUUCCUUCGUUGGUUUGCUGUUUUGUAGAUACUAACUCAAAAUUGAAUAUGUUGGGGUUAAUUUUCGGAACAUACAUUGUUAGAAAAUUUUCUAUUGGCGGAAUUAAUUUUUUUUCGGAAAAUUUUUAAAAAUUUCAAAAAAUUAAAAUAUUAAAACAUACUUUAAAGUAAAAAUUAAAACAUACUUUCGAACCUGGAAAUAUGUAAUCUUUUAUUUAUUGUCAAAAACAUUUUUUUUGCUUUCUGCUGUGUUUUUUAUAACUCAUUUUUAACAAAGUUCUUAUAAAAAAGGACAAAAUAAAUAAAGAAUGAAAACUUGCUAUUUUAACCAAAAAUUAAUAAGCACGCGUUUUUUUAUUUUUGCACCUCCACAAAAAGCGAGAAUUAAUGUUAUAUACUAUACCAAACUUACAAAAAAAAUCACUCACAGUUUCCACCAAAAAUUUUCUUUGAGCUAUUGCACUCGCCACUGCACAAAACUUUUGCUUCUUUCCACUUCCACAUUCACAUUUGCAUCCAUGUUCACUGAACUUUCCUGCACUUUUAAAAUCUUUUGUAUUAUAUGCACUCAUAUGACUUGCUAUAACGUUUCCUCUGUCCUAUGGAGAAAAUCUUUCCUUCCUCUAUCCUAAUGUUGUCCGUCACGAUUUGUUGUUGCAGUACACAUUUGAUGAUAAUUAUGCGAAACCUUUCCUUAUUUUGUAGGCUUUGUGUAACCAGUAAUUGGAAAUGGAUGUUUUUAAAGAGUUCAAAACAUCCAUUUUACAGUAUGCAGCCCGCAAAGUACGGUAGAUUUUUUUACAAUUUUUUGCAACAAAUUCUUGUUGAUUGUUUCCGUGCAUUUAAACCAAUUUCUUUUUCAAAAAUUCGAAAACAUACCCUAUUAACAUAAUUUAUUCAAAAACUAAUUACUGGUUAUGGAAAGCUCUCUUUUGAGUUCCUAAUAUCUUCCUCUAUGUGUCCCAUAUCCCCUUCUUUGCGUGCCUGCAAAACUUUUCCCCCAAUUGACUUGUAAACGGGGGGAGAAAAGAAAGCCGAAGGGGCCCUAAAGACAACAGGAGGGCGCCGAAUAUGAUGAAUAUCUGAAGACGGGGGAACGCGACAAGAAUUAAAUUUGAAUGUGUUAAAAACGGCGCGCUGAAAACGAGAAGAAGUGGGGAAGUUUUCCAUCUUUUCUUCGGGCCCCUUCGGCUUGCUUCUUGACCCCUUUUUCGGAAUGGGUGCUUUUGAGUUCGACAAGCUUUUCCAUCCUGGCCGUGAUGAUGAAUGUUCGCGGAGGACUAUGGGAUAAGGAGGUGAUGGGAGUGGUUUUAUGAGAUCAUAUCUAUGAAUCUAUGGGUAUAUUGAAUAGAAAAAGAUCCCAUAUGUUUGCUUUCUUUAAAAUUGGCUCCUUGUAGCCUAUUUAUAUUAGUACAUUGCGCUGAUUUUGGCUCAAUCGAUGGAAAAGUCUAAAAGAAUUAGAACGGGAACGGGUUGGGCUCAAAAAGUGUUGUAAGGUCCUAGAUGGUCUACAAUUAAAACUCAAAGUUUACGACCCUAAUAAUGAAGCCUUCAUUUUUACAACCUAAUCUGAUAAUCCAGACAAAUUCCGUUUCCGAUUAAAGGUGUCUUUGCCUUACAAGAUGUACACGUUUCCUCUCAAAAACUGCUAAAUUAAUUAGGAGUUUUUUUAUCCGACAAAAUUUUGCUUUACGAGAUUAGAAGGUUCCUUCAUGGCAGGGAGUUUCAUAUUUUGUCACAUAUGAUAAGUAAGAUGUUGAGGCUCAAGAGAGAAAUUUAUUGGCUUUUAACUCAUAGAGAAUGAUAAUAUUUUAAGGGGUUUUGAAGCCGUUAGACAGUUAAGAAGUCUCUGAAAGCUCCAUAUCCCUUACGUCCUCCGUCCAUUGUCCACCAUUGUCCGGUCAGAGCCGUUUUUGAUUUCGGCACACAAUUCCCUUCAAUUCUUUCUGUUUUUCCGCAUUUUCCGUUUUUCAUUUUGCUUUGUAGCGCCGAAGCCGACGCCCACCAAAUCUCUCAACCAAACCGCUGCAGUACGGGUCCCUACAAAGCAACGGCUCGCCGACAGUGCUCAACAACGACGGACCGUAAAACCCACCGGGAAAAUGGAAGACCGGCCGGAGUCGAGAGGCUCCUACAACGACGAUGACUACAGCGAAGAUGAAGAUGCGGCUCGCGAAGAAGAAGAGGGCUAUGACGAAGAAGUUGAGGAUGUGGAUGAACUAAACCGAUUGAAAACCCCCGCCACAUAUGCGCCAUAUGCCAGAGCGCAACUUGUAAAUUCCGGCCCAAAUGAGAUGGACUCGUUGUGGACGGACCUCAGUCAUGCAGUCGAUUUUAAGAGCGGCGGGUCGUGGAGAAGACCGGUAACGGCGACUUCAACGACCCCAAUGCCAACGACUAGCGCAACGCCGAUGACGACGACGUUUUCAACGACGACGAAGAGAAUUGCGACAACUGUUUUUGGUAAUUUUAGAUUUUUUCUGUCCUUGCGUGCGGUGUGUGAAACGGGCGACGGUCUUCGAGUCUGUGGUCUUUAAAAGCUUUUUUAUGUCUAUAAAGCAUCUUGAACAUGGUGGGUAAGGAAUAAAAAAAUGUAGCAAAAAAUAACAAUUAUUUGUUUCAACUUUUUCUGCAGAAUUUUUUUACUAUUUCUCGCUACAUUUAUUUGAAUUUCCUCUUCUCUUUUCUGUCGCACAUCUUUUUUUCAUAAAUUUUCGUAAAGUUUGACAUAUUUUACGCAAUUUUAUUCUUCAGACCGCAAAAGUUGAAGUGCAGCACGAGUGUGUUUGGCUAUUUUGGCUUUGAAGAAACUCUGAAAUCUAUUCUUUGAAAGUAAUUUUUAAUGUCAACGCUGACUUAAAAAUUCAGAAAAGGCCUAAUUCGUCAUAAUAUUUACGCCCAACAAAAUUUUGAUGACAGUUUCCGUCGACACACGUUUUUUUCCAAUCAGCAAAGUAAAGAAAACAUCUUUUUUCGUAAAAUUCCUGGCUGGGCUUUCUUGGGAUUUCACCAUGAAAUCACAUAUCCAAGAAAACAACCCUUUCGUUAAGGCUAUUCAUAAUUUUUUUGGCCAAAAGAUUAUACGCAAUUUGUUUAUGCAUCUAUGUGUAAGAGGUUACGCCCCAAGAAAAUCUCCUUUUUCGUUUUAUUCAUAAAAUUUUUUUUUGAUAAAAAUUUUACGGCCCAAUUUUUCGAGUCUUUUUCAAGGUUUUUCGGCCGUGAAAAAAUAAAAAAACUUUCGUUUUUGGGAUGGGUUUGACCAUGACGACAAAAGGGGAAGCUUUUAUGAAUUUUUUUUUGAAAAUAAAAGUGUUUUCCUUUAAACAGAUGGUGUAUUUUACGGGAAAUUUUAUAAGAUUAAGAGGUCUAGGCUUUGAUGAACUUGGAAUAAUUCGAUCGUUGAAUGUCUUGGCUAAACGCGCGAUGCAACGGCUAAAAGUUCUUACGAGAUCUUCCCUUUUUUGGGAUGCAGCAUGCAAUUUAGCUCAAUUCACACUUGUUUACAAUAGUUUUACGUCACUCUUCUGAUGACAUUUCCCUUUCCCACUUCCAAAAUAUCCUAAUUUUUUGUCAUCAUUUCCACGUUUACAAUUUAUUCCAUUUCCAGCAUCAGACACCAGUUUCCUUCCGUUGCAAAAAUUUGGCCAACACAUUUUCAUGUCCAAACAUUUCUUUGGCCUAAAAACUAACUGUCACCAAAGAUUUUGCGAAUUUUUCGUACAUUUUGAGUCUCAUUAGGCGGAGACCGGAUGGACGGCCGAAAGAGAAGGGCCGUUGGGCUAAUUAGAAAGACUUUGGAAAGUCGGAUUUUCAUGAUUUUGUAGGCACACUUGCAUUGCGAAUAGGAGCUUGACGAUUUUUCAUCGAGCCGCAUGUCUUUUUGAAGCGAAGCUCAUACUGAAAGUUGGUUUUUUAACGAUUACCCGUUAAAAAAAACCCGAUUUUUAGCACUUUUUAGACCCUUGGGCUUUACAGGUUAAGGACAACCUAAAAAUUUUCAAAUUUAAAAAUUAUUUUUUAAAACUUCUUUUUUCAAAAAAUUUUUUUACGCCACAUAGUUUUAGUUUACUCAAUCAAAAUUUAGGCCCUGUUUUAGAGCAAAAUAAUCGCUAAUCCAUCAUAGCGCUUUAGGCGAAAAACGGAAGAGAGUGGGAAUUAAAAAGGCGUACAUGGACUUUUGAGUGCUGUUUUCCUCGCGUUCUUUUCGAGUGUUAAAUGCUGUUUUGGCACAUCUGGACUUUUAUUAGUAUUUUUUAUGACAAAAUUUAACUGAAAUCGUAAAAAAUGAUGGAAAAGGAAUGGAAAAAACCGGAUUUUUGGAGGAGAUAUAGGAAAUAUUUCAAGAGUGAGGACUUAAUUUUAAACUUUCAUUUAGAUAAAGCCUGAAAAUGCAAAAUUUAGAAAAUUAUGACCCGAAAGUUUUAGCUUGCAGUCUGCAGAAAAUUUUAUGAUUUUUCCUGGUGUGAAAAAAAAUUUUUGGGAAAACGUUAAAAAAACAAUUUAGGACUAGUUAAACUCUCCAAGAAAACCUUUUUCAAUUAAAUUUUACUCUUUAAAUUCCGACAUAAAGUAUCUUUUUUUGAGUGUGAAAUUUCUCCCUGCCUUCAGUCAAUUUCCGAUAAAUUAAUUUUCGUUUCAGUGAGUACUACUCGUUGGCUUGAGACGACCACCCAGGCCUCGCGUCAGAAGCUGCGAACAAUCCAAACAGACACCACGACAACUGUGCCGUUGUUCGCCGUUCGCCCCACAACUCCCAUGGGCGAGCUGAUCACAACAACAACUAAGGUAAGGAUUAUUCGACCGUCUUAUCCAUUUUGGCUUUCUCUGAUUUCCAAAAAGUUGUCAAAUGUCUCUGCUGUUAUGACAGAGCGCCAGAAAAAUUACAUAUAUACCAUUUUCGAAUUGCAGGCCCCAAUUGUAACCACGGAUUUCCCGCGAACUGCCUUAAUCUCGAUUGCAUCGGUAUCCGUUAUCAUCAUCAUUGCAUUCGUUGUCUUCUGCGUCUUCCGAUGCCGUCAGUCAGCGCCUCCCAGCGAAACCACCUAUCCCAUGGCCUACAAUGGGGUGAAACAGCCGUCAAUUGGAAUGGGUAAUGUAAUGUUGGGAAGUGGGAACCAUGGAUAUACUCCGAUUCCAUCGGAAAUGUCGCCGCCCGCCCAUCAUGCUCAGCAAUUUGCAGGAAUGAGCCCAAGAGUCAAGUAGGUUUGCAAUAAGUUCUAUUGGAUUUCCUGAGUUGAAAUAGAGCAUGUCAGAAAGUCUCCCUGCAAUGAGACUAGAUGUCCAGUAAACCUCCGUUCUUCAUUAAACUCUUCCCAAUCUCAUUUCUUUCAGCUACGAGACCAUGAAUGGCGCUGCAACCCUUCCUUCGGCACUACGUCGGCCGAAUGGCCUAACAAACGGAGGCCCUCAACCCAAUGGUCUUGGCUAUCAAACAAUUGGCCAAAAUCAACACAUUGUAAAUCAGAAUGGCCAAACAUCGCCGGCGCGGACCAACGGAAAUGCCAACGGCGGGAUGAAUGGGGGCUCACGGACUUGGGGAAGGGAAAAGAAAAAAGAUUUCAAGGAGUGGUAUGUCUGA